UAGUGUGCCGAUGUAAGCCCCCAAAACAGCUGCACCCCGCAAAGCAGCACUCAUACGCCCCAUUCGUAGGGUAUUGAAAGCUCUUUGAAUCGUUUAUGUACUCGGGCCUCUCCACCCAUUGUGCUUCCGCUAGGUCGCACACUCGUUCUCGUCGUCCGCGGACCCAAAACAAAUCGGAGCGGGUUAUAAACAAAAUCGAAAGGCAGCCAAGGCAGAGAGCACGGGCACAACUACACGGCGCCCAAAACCCAGAACCCAGAACCCAGAUAGCCGAAUAACAAAUUCGACCUGGGCAAAUGAAGAGCGCAGCCAAAAUCGAUAUUUUGUGCCAGCGCAGCGCGCAAAUAGGAACUGUCUUCAGCGCUUAAAAUCUCGAAUAAUUUCAAGCCCCUUGGCUUGCCCCGUGAGCCACUUGCACAGAAUAUCUGGUAAGGAGUUGGAGUACUUCGGAGCCACACAGUAUGGAGUCCUUCCUGAGCCUCUUCGACCCCAACCAGGACGACGGCUUCGAGGAGGAGCCGGAGCUGAACGGAAACAGCAGUGGCGGCGGGAGCAGCAGCAGCGACUAUGAGACGGACGCCAACGCCAACGAGUGCAGCCUGCGCCACCUGAACGGCGGACUGCCCACCGAGCGGGGCAACCUGAUCUUCGACUUCGAGCAGGGCAUGCUGCCGCCGGAGCCGCAGCUGGGAAAUGUCGAGUACAAGCUGAAGCUGGUCAACCCGUCGAAGCAGCGCUUCGAGCACCUGGUGACCCAGAUGAAGUGGCGGCUCCGCGAAGGAAACGGCGAGGCCAUCUACGAAAUAGGCGUCUCCGAUGCCGGCUAUCUACAGGGUCUCAGCGACAAGGACAUGAACGCCUCGCUCACGACCCUCAAGCAGAUGGCCCAUAGCCUGGGAGCCAGCACCUCGGUGCUCCGGCGGAAGACCAUCGCCUCGCGACGGGCCGUGGCCGAGGUGCUCGUCCGGAAGAUCCCCGACGACCAGCACAACAUCGAGGUGCGGGUGGCGGUGCUCGGGGGAGCCGAUGCCGGCAAGUCCACUUUGCUGGGCGUCCUCACGCAGGACGAGUUGGACAACGGACACGGCAGGGCGCGACUUAACAUGUUCCGGCACAUGCACGAGAUUCAGUCGGGUCGCACGUCCUGCAUCUCCCACGAGACACUCGGCUUCGAUGCACUGGGCAACGUGGUCAACUAUAAGUACAAUGAGAUGAUGACGGCAGAGGAAAUUAGCGACAGGUCCAGCAAGCUGGUAACCUUCAUGGAUCUCGCCGGACAUCGGCGCUACAUGCGCACCACCGUUCAGGCGCUGAGCGGCUACUCGCCCCAUUACGCCAUGCUAGUAGUAUCGGCGGGAAGCGGCUGCAACGACACCACCGAGGAGCACUUGGCCAUCGUGCGGGCUCUGGACAUGCCCUUCUUCGUGCUGGUCACAAAAACGGACAUCACAUCGCCGGAUGCCACGGUGCAGGAGUUAUGCAACCUGCUCACCACCAUCGGGUGCCGGAAGGUGCCCUUCGUGGUGACCAACACGGAUGAGGCCAUCUCCGCCGGAUCGAACCAGAUCUCUGAGAACAUCGUGCCCAUCUUCUGUGUGUCGAAUGUCACGGGUACAGGCCUGAAUCUAGUCACCAAGUUUCUGUAUGUCCUGUCCCCGGGAAUCAGCAACGCUGAGAAGGAUCGCCUUGAGCAGGAGUCCUGCGAGUUCCAGGUGGACGAGAUUUUCCGGGUAUCCGACGUGGGACCCGUGGUGGGUGGUCUGCUGGUCCAGGGUGUGCUAACCGAGAACAUGCCCAUGAAGAUUGGCCCGCUGCCGGAUGGAAGCUUUCACCCCGUGAACGUAAAUACCAUUCACCGAAAUAAGGCACCCUGCCGGGUAGUUCGAGCUGGCCAGAGCGCCUCCCUCUCAUUCGCCUUGGAUCAGGAUCUGCCUACGCUUCGGAGUGGUAUGGUUCUGCUGGGUGAUAUAGGAAACAGUACAGAUGAGCCCUACGGAACUUACUUUUUCCAGGCCAAAGUAUCCGUGCUGUUCCACGCCACAGCCAUCUACGUUGGCUUCCAGACCACGGUGCACAUCGGAAGCAUUCGCCAGACGGCCGUUAUCCGGGGCAUCAUGGGCGGCGAGAGGCUGGGCACCAACGAUUGCGCUUCGGUGAUGUUCGAGUUCGUCGGUCACCCGGAGUACGUGCGCCCUGGUAUGCGCAUCCUGUUUCGCGAAGGCACCAGCAAAGGCAUCGGAGUUGUGACGCAGGUGUUUCCGGUAAACAAGACGGGCAUAAAGUAGAGAGCUGCUCAGCGGGAUAUUUCCAAUGACAAAACUAUAUAUCUCAAACAAAGAUGACAUGUACAUAUACUUUAUUAGCAGUUAGAGAGGGGCGUCAAAUCCAAGGCAGAUCUUCUGUACUUUUAGUUUCGGGUUCUGUGAUUUUUCGUUUAAGCUCGGCUCACAAUCGGAAAUUGUGUGAAAUCCUCCUUAAUUACUCAUACUUCAUUAAAAAGCCACACAAAGAUACAAAGAGAGUUGAAUAAAAUUAAUAAUGUGGACAAUUUCUGCUUGAGCAACCGA